CAAAUUUUCAUAUAACUUGCCUGAAUUAAUAUCAUUUAUUUCAGUUAACGAUGUCACAGAAUAUUCUGGUCACCGGAGGCUCAGGUUACAUCGGAAGUCAUACUGUGCUUCAACUGCUUAACGGUGGUUACUCCGUCGUAGUUGUUGACAAUCUUGACAACUCCUCCGCUGCUUCUCUCCAGCGCGUUAAGAAACUCGCCGGAGGAAACGGUGAACGACUCUCCUUCCAUCAGGUGGAUCUAAGAGACAGGCCAGCGCUUGAGAAGAUUUUUUCAGAAACUAAGUUUGAUGCAGUGAUACACUUUGCUGGACUUAAAGCAGUAGGUGAGAGUGUGGAGAAACCUUUGCUUUAUUAUAACAAUAACAUUGUUGGCACCAUUACUCUUUUGGAGGUUAUGGCUCAAUACGGUUGCAAAAAUCUUGUGUUUUCAUCUUCAGCUACUGUCUAUGGCUGGCCAGAACAGCUUUUUAUUGAAGAGAUUUGCCGGGAUGUGCAUGGCUCGGACCCUGAAUGGAAGAUCAUAUUGCUUAGAUACUUCAACCCUGUUGGUGCACAUCCUAGUGGCUACAUUGGUGAAGAUCCUCUUGGUAUUCCAAACAAUCUCAUGCCUUAUAUCCAACAAGUUGCAGUUGGCCGGAGACCUCACCUCACCGUCUUUGGAACUGACUACAAGACAAAGGAUGGUACAGGGGUUAGAGAUUAUAUUCAUGUCAUUGAUUUAGCAGAUGGACAUAUAGCAGCUCUUCGCAAGCUAGAUGAUCUCAAAAUCAGUUGUGAGGUUUACAACCUUGGAACGGGUAAUGGAACAUCGGUUUUAGAAAUGGUCGGUGCCUUUGAGAAGGCAUCCGGAAAGAAAAUCCCGUUGGUGAUGGCCGGACGACGUCCUGGAGACGCUGAGAUUGUUUACGCCUCAACAGAGAAGGCAGAACGCGAGCUAAAUUGGAAGGCUAAGUAUGGGAUCGAAGAGAUGUGUAGGGAUCUAUGGAACUGGGCCAGCAAUAAUCCUUACGGCUACGACUCCUCCAAUGCCUCUUCUUAA